AUGGAAGACGAUAACAAUGGAGCAAUCAUGGAAGAUGAUGACUAUAGUGAUGAAGAGACUAGAGCAAAGAAGAUGAAAGGUCCUCAAGGACUCAAAUAUCAAUAUGCAGAUGAUCUUAGAAGAUCAGUCAAUGGAUUCUAUGAUAUGUUAUUAAUGGCAACAAGAACUUUAAAUUCAUUCUGUUAA